GGCUGUUAGGCAUGUGCAUCACACAGAGUGAGCAAAAAUACUUCAGCAGUCUUGAAGGUGAUAGAUUAUUUUUCUGUCUCUAGAGAUGCUGCUUAAGUAUUGCAAAUUCACUUUAUCAGAGUUUCAAAUAAUAAUUUGUUCUUGCUGUUGCUUUAUUGUCUUUACUUCUUUCAGUGUGUAUUAGCCAUAUUAUGGGGGUUUGCUGUGGUGUUGUGUGCUUUGGUGAUGGGGUUUUUUUGGUAAUUAACUGUGCUAAAAGUGAAAUGAAGAUUUCUUGUGCCUAUCUUCUGAGAACUCAAGUUUUCUGAGGAGACCGGGAUUGUUUCUGAUAGAUGAAGUAUUUGUGUCACCAUUUUGGAUUAUUACUUUAACCUUCUGUGUGACCAGGAUAUGCCUGUUCUCCUUAAUAAAGAAUAGGAAAAGAUGGUACACUCCAGUACCAUUUUGUAUUGCUAGUGACUGUAAAUCACCAUGGAUCUGUAACCUAUGUGAAAGCCAAUGCAGUCAGGAUUUUUAUCUGAAAAUUCUUGAUGCGUGUUAUGAAAACUCAGUCUCUUAGCACAAAUGGGCGGCCUCUUGUAUUGUUGCUGCAAAUAUAGCUUACAGAAUGUAAAAUUCCUUUCCAUACAGUAAUGAAGAUCUUACACAAUUACUGCUGAACUCUGACAUACGAGAAACUUCAGAAGAUGUAUUUUUAAUCUUUUGCUUUUAGAAAUAUUUCUAAAUCUGGCAGUGAUGAAUUUUCAUCCGACUCCAAAUUGCUAAUGAUUUGUUUUGUUUUGUUUUAAAACCAAAAUUUCACUCUGUACUAAAAAUAUCUUUAAUAGGGAGUAAACUGAAUCCAUGGGGAAAAUUGGUGGAAAGGAUGAAUCAUCCUGUUGUAUCUGAAUGCAGUGAUGGCAGCUAAGAUUGUCUGAUACAUGUUCAUCUUCUGAAAGACUUUGGCCUGUGUACUGCUUAGUGAGCCUUUGAGUUCAGUAAUUUUUCAAAUAUUGGUACCUAGCAGGUUGAUCUGCCUGAUGUUACAUUUAGUAGAGGAUACUAAAUGUAUUUUCUAAUUUUUUAGUGAAUAAUAUCAACAGGAACAGAGGCUUCAAAAAGACUAUGCAGAUUUUCCCUUUGGUUGCACUCUACGUCUAGAAUUUUGAAGUUGCUUUGUGCUAUAUUAGUUAACUCAUCUGAGUAGAUUUUAUCCAGUGCUUGUAGGAGCUACACGGUCUUUGUGAUGCACUGUUCUUCCUUGGAAGCAAUUCAGUUUCUGCAAUGAUCUAAGCCUUUCCUUUAUAAUUCCUUUUUUCAGUUUUAUUAUGGGAUGCAGUGCUGGUUUGAGGAUAUAUGCAUGAACCUGUUUUAUGCAUAGACUAUCUACCUAUACAUGAGCAUCUGUCACUUGAAAGCAAUUAAUCUUUAUAUAUAUAUAUAUAUAUAUGCCAAAACAGAGAUUGCAAAUCAAGACCCAGCCAAAACUCUUUGAUUUAUUCAAAGUUUUGUGGUUGUCCUGUGUGCCCUAAAGUUGUAACUUGCAGGGGAGACAAAAAGUUAAACUGUCUGAUCUUGUCCAACUUAUCUUAAUGGGCAGAGACCCUCCAAAAAAGGUUGAAUUUCCUGCAAGUUGCUGGGUAACUGGACUGUAGAUUUUCUUUUAAAAUACCAUCCCCAUACUUGCAUCGAUUGUAAUUAAAUAUUCAGGGCAGGCACUCAUGUACCAAGCUUGAAGUUUGUGGUGCUUUUAGUAAACAAAUUUUGUAAAAAAAACUUCCCAGAAAGGGAAAGAACGAAAGAAGUCAAAAAGUGAUAGCUUUUGUGAACAAAAGAAGAAUAAGAAGGAAAUGGAGUUUGAGCAAAAACUUGCCAAAGAGAAAGAAGGAAUGUUGGAGAAAGAAAAACAACUGAAAAUAAAUCGUCUUGUGCAAGAGGUAUCUGAGACAGAAAGAGAGGACCUGGAAGAAUCGGAAAAGGUGCAGCACUGGGUGGAAAGACUUUGUCAAACACGGUUAGAACAGAUUUCCUCUGUGGAGAAUGAGUCUCCUGAGCUGGCAAGUGGACGUCCUUCUGCUUCUCCUUCUGCCACAUCAAUGCGGCGUUUUGCCGGUGGCCUGCAGCUCCACACCACAGAUCUUGAUGAUAUAAACUUAGAUGAAGUCGACAAGCCUAAACAGCGUGCGCCGCCACCUCCUCCACCGCCACCCACUGUUACUCCAGCACCACCACCUCAUCCACAUCCUCCCUCAAACGUUCCACUCUCAAGAGGUCCAGCCCUGUCGGUAACACCGGCUGUCCAGGUUGUAAGAAACACCUCCCACGUUGGCAAAGUAUCUUCUGUGUCAAGCAAUCCGCUGCAACUUGCUCCAAGUCCACCUACCCAACGUCAUCCAGGGGUACCAAUAGUCUCUAAACCAGUUAUGCUGCAGCCUGACCCAAACUUUAUUGUCAGGCCAACAAUCAAAUCAGAGGCCCUGUGAUGAAGUUUUCAUCUCUUCCUCUUUGCUUGACUGGUGCUUCAGUAGAUGGUUGCUUGAAGAAGUGAACUUCAUGCUUAACUUCUUUGCUGCUGUAAAGUGUGCCAGUUUCUGUGCAGAACACCUUUGUAAGUGC